CCGACAGUUGAAGACCCAAAAUGAAGGCCCAAACAAUUGCGAGUGUGCUGAGUGCGGUGGUGCUGGUGGUUCUGGUGGGUCAAGCGGUUGGGAACACGGUGACCACAUGCCACAGUUGCGAAGGUGCUAAUUGCCAAAGGGUUCAACUGAGUAAAACGCAGUCCUGUGUGGAUUCCUUGGACUAUUGUGUGACCAUCUACGAUGAAGCCAAGGUCCUGUUCAAAGGUUGCUCCCUGGAAAUUCCAUUUGAGUUGCGUUCGAAGUGCGAUGAUAAUCGCUCUUGCUACAAGUGCAACACCAAGGAGUGCAAUAAUGUGGGAUCGGCCAAAUAUGCCUGCAUUCAGUGUGAUUCCAGCAAGGACUCCAAUUGCGCUUCGAAUGCCGCUGUCUUGGAAGCAUCCCGCUGCACUGCACCCACUGCUGCAAACUCGUAUUGCUAUGUGAAAUCUUCAGGUGGAUCCAUUACCAGGGGCUGCUCCACCACCGAAACCGAUCAGCAGAGCUGUUUGAACGACGCCAACUGCCUGUUGUGCUCAUCUGGUGAUAUUAGGAACUGCAAUGCCGCAAACAUCGUUGAGGACAGUUCUAAUGUUGGAAACCGCUUCAUCCGUUUCCUGAAGUAACUUAAACAAUGUAUCUGAUAUCAAAAUAAAAUUAUUAAAAUAAAAAACAUAUGAAUCUUA